AUGAAGUUGAGUGGGAAAGGAGCGUGCGCCGUAGUCUCCAGCAGCCUGCUGUUCGCGUGCGCCGUGAGCGCGGCAGUGGUCGGGUUCGAGUGUCUGUCUCUGGGAGCCAAAGUGAAGGCGCACUUCCAACUGAGCGCGGCUGCUGGUGCGUUUUACUCUGGAAUCCUGCUCGGACUCGGACAGGCACUGCUGGGCAUGGCGUUGCUCUGCUGCAGGGGCAAAGCUGCGUGUCGCAAUUUUUUCCUCUUCGGGCUUCUUGUGUUUCUGCUCGGCGUGCUCACGGCGUUCUCGGGCGCAGUGGUGGACGGUGACGCUGUGUCUCUCGUGGAACGGAAGUACUCGCGCUAUUGCUUGGACACACUGGAUGUACCUGCUGCAUGCAGGCGCCUCAAGGAUUACCAGCGCGGCCUGGUGGCGUCCACCGUGCUUAAUGCGCUCGAGUGCCUCAUUGGUCUGGUAAACCUUGUGGUCAUCAAGCGCUACCAGGCGGCGCAGUUUUACCGGAGGCGCCGCGCGCACAGGCGCAGCGCGCGCGCCGUCUUGCUGGCCGAGGAGCGCGAGCUCACCGUGGCCGCCGACUUCAGGUCGGUCUCUUAUAUCAGCCUCGCGAUGUGCGGCUCCCAAGCGCGAGAACACGGUGCAGAGGCACGGAAAAGCGGCCAUCCAUCUAUCGAACUGCCAGGCUAUGCGCCUGACCAAAACGAGCUCCACCACGUGUACGGUUUCUCCUACCCAUCCGUUAACGACUCACCGCCGGCAUACGAAGACAUAUUCCCCGGAGAAAGGAGGAACAAAGCGUUAGAGUGUUAA